CCCGCAGCCCACACUGGCGCCAAAUUUCCCUCCGCCCUCCUCGCAUCUGCUUCGCUCUGGUCAAUAAUACCAGCGGCAGCGGAGGGAGCACCUAUCUCACCUCAUCCUCCUCCUCCCUACCGACGCCGUCCGUCCCCGCAAGGCAAGAAGCCGACUAGGGUUCAAGCUCCGGGUACCGCAAAGCCCUCGCCCGCCGCCGCCCCUCCUCUCUGUAAGACGGCUUGGCGCCGCCGACCCACCCACCGGCGGCUUUUCUCGAUUCGUCCGCACCUCGCCUUCUCCAGGAAACGCUUGACAUUUGUGUUGUCAAUCUGAUUUUGCUGCCAACACAGUCAAUCAGCCACAAUGUCUGUUCAGAGUCAGAGACGAAGGUCUCAAAGAGUCAAGGACAUCCGUGUAAUAUACUCUGAAGAAGACGGCGAAACUGAUUUCUGCCCCUUGAAGUCUAUCAAAACUGAGAUUGUUGAUCCUGAAGAGGCUAGUUCCCAGGAGCCUAUUGGAACUAGAAGCUGCUUUGGUGCAAUCCUUGCCCUUCCUUCACCAACAAAAACUAAUGAUGCUCCUGUUGCUGACAAUGAGGUUGGGCAAAAUGUUUCUCUCAAGGAUCUAAGAGCUCAGUAUAAAGCUAAGAUCCUCGAGACGAAUCAGACUCAGUUUAUUGAUCUUGAGAAUGAAAAACCGGAUGAGGAAGUUGAUCUGGAUGAGCCCCUUAUUGCCUUGAAACGCAAGAGACAAAAGACAACCCCUCGCAAAGCAAAAAAGAAGAUAGACGCGCCUGCUUCUCCACAUUCGCCGCAAGGUGAAGAUACAAUAUCAAAGAGGGACGUGACUAGUCCUACACAAACUUCCCCACCAUUGCACUACUCAAGGGCGGUGAAGCUUGGAAGAAGAGCUUCGGACCUAAAACAUUUGGAAAUUGAAAAUGCUAUUGACAGUACUGAAAAAAUGGUUGGAGAGGAUGUUUGCCGUGCAGAAAUGGAGAACAGGAUAUGUAGCAGAAUAGAAACAGAGGUCCAUGAGGCUGCAGUAUCUACAUUUUAUGAAACCAACUCCUUUGAGUGUGUGCCUCAGGAGCCAGUAGAGGAUAAUGGAUGUGUGCAUCAGCCUGGUUUCAUCACCCAACCAACCGAACUAAGUGUUUCAGAUCAUUCAUGUGAACUUCCUCACAGUGUUGAAGCAUAUCUGGAUGACAAUGUAUUGCAUAACAAGACAACUAACAAUGUUUCUUCAUCAGAUUGCAUUAAUGAAGUGAACAAUCAUCAGAAACCAUUAGAGGAAAUAUCCAAUUCAGAUGUGAAUACGUCUUCUAUUGGGAGUGAACUUUUGUUUUGUUCUGUUGGAAAGUCUUGUGAUUAUUAUGUAGAUAAUGAUGGAUACUGCUAUCCAGGACCUGUCCAAGUUAAUACACCGGAAAUCAUCAGGGCUGUGGAAGAGCCUUCUCCAAAUGAUGAGUUUAAUACUAUGCAAAAUUCAUGUGAAAGCACUGAGAUGAAUUGCACUUCACUUGAGGAGGCUGUGCAGAUGCAGGCAGAAGGUCAAUUAGAUUCAGUUGUCUGCCAUGGUGUUAGAACAAAUGAUAUGUUACUGCAUAUGAAUGUUGCACAACCAGCCACUGACUAUAAUUUUACUUUCGACAAGACUCUUGACUUGGUUCAUGCUGCCAAUUUUGACACACAAGACGGGCGGCUAGAAAGUAUAGUUUUUGAUGCUCUGAAUAAUCAUGUGCAGAGGAAGAGUUUGGAUACUGAAACUUUUGUUGGAGUCUCAGAUUCUGCUGUGAUACGUAGCCCACCGGUUGAAGCAAAUGCUGUGCAUGAUAGUCAACUCUUAUCUGCCAGUCACAAGGAGGCUUCAUCAAAGGAUAUGAAUCAGCUAAAUUGUGCAAUGAAUGACGGCAUUUGUAGAUCAGUUAAUGAUCAAGUAGCAGCAGAAGAUAUUGGUUUUCAGCAUCAGUUAUUCCAAGCUUGCGUUGAAAUGGACAAAGGUGGCUGUGUAACAUCAGAGAGCUCCUCUGUUUCUAAGGAAAUACAAGAAAUUCCUGCUGGAGCUUCAAAUUCAGCUGUUACUCACCAGAAAGCCAGUGGACAAACAAAGAAGUCAGACGUUUACUUUGAUGAAGAAUCAAUUGAAGAGCAUACUCCCAAAAAACUGUUGUCCAAGAGAAAGAUCAUGUCACCAACUUCUCAGGAGAAGCUUUGUAAUGCUUUGACUGGUAUUGAUUUGCGUGGAGUUGAAAGGCUGAAGAAGAAGAUACAUCUUGAAGAUUGUGAUAGAAAUAGACAAACAUUACCUCACACAACAAAUAGGCAAGACCAAUCUGUGGUAAGCACAGACAGGAAAAUUAAGGAUAGAACUCUCUCCUCUGCAAGCAAAGGAGUUCUGAAGUCAACAGAAUCCCAAUCCCCUCAACUGACAACUUGUGCUUGCAUGAGAAGGUCAUCAGCUCUCUUGGACCCUAGGAAAGUUGUUGAGUUUUCAGAGAGACAAAUGCACGACAUAGAGAACAUUGCAGCAAAUCUUAUCAGAAGCUUGAAGCAGAUGAGGAGUAUAGUGGACGAAAGUUUGUCAUCAGAGGCACUUGCUUUGCUUCCCAAUGUUAAUUCUGCUGAGAUCAGAGCAGCAUCUGAGGAUGCAUUGGAAGUGGAAAGAACUACAAGGAAAUGGUUGACAAUAAUGAACAAAGAUUGCAACCGCUUCUGCAAAAUAUUGACAGUAGAGGGGAAAAAGGCCGCUUCUCAUUCUGAAGUGCUGAGGAAACGGAGGAAGAUAACAUUUGCAGAUGAAGCUGGAGGAACGUUGUGCCAUGUAAAGGUGUUUAGUGAUGGACAAACCUCUCCUUCUGAAUGCCAGAGAGAGUUAUGAACAUCAUUUGGAGUGGUUGCAUCAAGCAACUCUUAUCAUCAUAAGGUGCUUUGUAA